AUGUUUGGCGUCUUUAAGGAUUAUGGGCUGAUCUUGGAAGUCUACAUUCCAGCGAUGAUGGACAAAAGGGGUAUGAGGUAUGGUUUCAUCCGGUUUAGAAAAGUUAUAGAUGCUAGAAUUAUGGCUGUCAAACUGAAUAGCAUCCAAAUUCUUGGUAAAAAGAUAUAUGCCGACAUACAAAGGUUUAAAUGUGGUAGGGAUACAGUGAAACCCAAUGCAGUAAAUAGUGGUCUGGUGGGUCGUAAGGGUGAUAAGAAGCACACGAAAGGUUGGAAUAAUAAAGCUCAUGGCAAAUCGUUCGCCUAUGUGGUUGGCAACAAGCAGGCUGGUGAUGACGUGAGAGUGGGUAGGGCGGAAAAGCCAAGCUUUUCCCUUCUUUAG